GUCUGUAAAGUGCAAGCAGGCGCUAUGGCUAGAUGCCCACAGUAACAUUUGUAAUAAUAAUAACAAUAAUAUUAAUAACGCGUCUGGCAGAACAUAAGCCCCCCUCGUAAAAGCCGCAACCAUGUUCGGGCGGUCCCGGAGCUGGGUUGGAGGUCAGGGGAAAACCAGAAACAUCCACUCGCUGGACCAUCUGAAAUAUAUGUACCACGUUCUGACCAAAAACACCACUGUGACCGACCACAACCGAAACCUCCUGGUCGAGACCAUCCGCUCCAUCACAGAGAUCCUCAUCUGGGGGGACCAGAAUGACAGCUCUGUGUUUGACUUUUUCCUGGAGAAGAACAUGUUUGCCUUCUUCUUGAACAUCUUGCGUCAGAAGUCUGGUCGCUACGUCUGUGUCCAGCUCCUCCAAACCCUCAACAUCCUAUUUGAAAACAUCAGCCACGAGACCUCCCUCUAUUAUCUCUUAUCGAACAACCAUGUCAACUCCAUCAUUGUCCACAAGUUUGACUUCUCAGACGAAGAGAUCAUGGCUUACUACAUCUCCUUCCUCAAGACCCUGUCGCUCAAACUAAACAACCACACUGUGCACUUCUUCUACAACGAGCACACUAAUGACUUUGCCCUGUACACCGAAGCCAUUAAGUUUUUCAACCACCCUGAAAGCAUGGUCCGCAUCGCAGUCCGCACCAUCACGCUCAACGUCUACAAAGUGGACAACCAGCACAUGCUGCACUACAUUCGAGAUAAGACAGCAGUCCCAUAUUUCAGUAACUUGGUGUGGUUUAUCGGCAGCCAUGUCAUUGAACUGGACAAGUGUGUGCAGACAGAUGAAGAGCACAAGAACAAAGGAAAGUUAAGUGACCUGGUAGCAGAGCACCUGGACCAUCUCCACUACCUGAACGACAUCCUCAUGAUCAACUGUGAAUUCCUCAAUGAUGUGUUAACUGAUCACCUCCUCAACCGCCUCUUCCUGCCGCUCUAUGUCUUCUCUCUGGUUAAUCCUGAAAUGUCUGAAGAUCGGAAGAUCAACCCUCAGGUUUCCCUCUACCUGCUGUCUCAAGUAUUUCUGAUCAUCCAUUAUCAGCCACUGGUCAACACCCUCGCAGAUGUCAUUCUGAACGGAGACCUGUCCGUCUUCACCCAACAGACAGAUGUACACAGCACACACAAAAACACGCUGGCCAGUGCAGGAGCAGUGCGUCGGUUCAUCAAACCCCCAGAGACUCUGGAGCGCUCUUUGGAGUUGUCCCGCCAUCGAGGCCGCAAGAGAACACAGAAAAGGCCAAACUAUAAGAACCUGGGUGAAGAAGAGGAUGACGAAAGAUUGGGAGGAGGAGGCAGCAGUGGUGGAGGAGGACUAGAGGAGUCCUGGGAUGAUGACAGCAGCAGAGGAGGAGAGAGGGAGAAGGGAAAAGGUACAGAGGGAAUAGGAGGAGGAGGAGGUGGGAGUUCUAAGGGAAGCAGAGCGAGUGGGGAGAUGGCGGAAGAAAUAGAGAUGGUGGUGAUGGAGAAGUGCAAGGUGUCAGAGCUGACGGAACAGAACAUCACUGAUGAGGAGAAGACUGCUGCUGCCACACGAACACACAUGCACAGGAGCAGACCAUUCUUAGAAAUGGUGUACAGUGCUCUUGACUGCACCAACGAUGACUACCAUGCCCUCUUCGUCCUCUGCCUGCUUUACGCUGCCUCACACAGCAGAGGUGUAAACCGUGAUCUUCUGGAGCGCCUGCAGCUGCCAGUUCCAGACCAGGAGAGGAGCUCUUACAGUCUGGUGCUCGUAGAAAGACUGAUCCGAGUGAUGAGCCAGGCAGCUCAGCCAGACGGUAGAGUGCGUCUAGCUACUCUGGAGCUGAGCUGCCUUUUAUUAAAGCAGUCUGUGCUCUCUGGAAAUAACUGUAUCAUUAAAGAUGUUCAUCUGGCCUGUCUGGAGGGAGCCCGAGAAGAAAGCCUGCAUUUGCUGCGCAGAUUUUACAAGGGGGAAGAGAUCUUUCUGGACAUGUUUGAAGAUGAAUACAGAAGCAUGACGAGUAAACCUCUGAAUGUGGAGUAUCUAAUGAUGGAUGCCUCCAUACUGCUGCCGCCCACCGGCACCCCUCUGACUGGAAUUGACUUUGUUAAGAGACUACCGUGUGGAGAUGUGGAGAAGACACGCAGGGCGAUUCGAGUGUUCUUCAUGUUGCGGUCGUUGUCACUUCAACUUCAGGGAGAACCAGAGACUCAGCUGCCUCUGACCAGACCUGAAGACCUUAUCAAGACCGAUGAUGUCUUAGAUCUCAAUAACAGCGACCUGAUAGCCUGUAUGGUGGUCAGCAAAGAUGGCGGCCAGGCCCAGAGGUUCCUGGCUGUGGACGUGUACCAGAUGAGUCUGGUUGAACCAGAAACCAAGCGGCUUGGAUGGGGAGUUGUCAAGUUUGCUGGGCUUUUGCAAGACAUGCAGGUGUCUGGUGUUGAGGACGACAGCAGAGCUUUGAAUAUUGUUAUUCAUAAACCUGGCUCCAACCCCCACGCCAAGCCCCUGCCCAUCCUGCAGGCCACCUUCAUCUUUGCUGACCACAUCCGUUGCAUCAUCGCCAAGCAGAGACUAGCCAAAGGUCGCAUUCAGGCCCGACGCAUGAAGAUGCAGAGAAUUGCAGCCCUGUUGGACCUGCCAGUGCAGCCCAGCACAACAGACGUGUUGGGUUUCGGUCAGACGGCUAACGCCUCACCCGGCGGCCUACCUUUCCGAUUCUACGAGCAGUCAAGACGAGCCCCCAAUGACCCCACGGCAACCAGAUCUGUGUUUGCCUCUGUCGACAAAGUACCAGGUUUUGCGGUGGCUCACUGUGUCCCACAGCACAGUUCCUCCCCCCUCUCCUCUCCCUCGCCUCCCUCCAGUGGGAGUGGGAGCACAGGACGAUGUGACUCUGUUACUGCAAGCACUAUAUCAUUUCAGAGCCCCACAGAUGAUGGCACAUUCCUGGAGCACACCCCACCCUCAUCUUCAGGUGGAGAGGGUGAAGGAGGAGGUGAAGUGGCGCAGUUUUCCACCGGUAACGUGACCCCGGUCUCGUCUCCAGCUCUGGCCCCGAGCCUCACGCCGGCCUCCCAGCCCACCAUCUCCCUCCUCACAGACAGCAGUGCAGACACUCUGAGUGUGGAGUCCCUGACGCUGCUGCCCCCCGCCGACUCCCCUCACCUGCACCCCUGCACCGCCCCGCUCGCCCUGAGGAGGCCAGAAGCCAUCACAGAGGAGCAGGAAGAGGAGGAGAGGGGGAAGCUAAAAGAGGAAGGCAGGCUGCAGGAGGACGACGGGUCUCCAGUGGACGAUCCAGAGACGGAUCCAACUGUGAAAGAGGAAACCACUGAGACGGCGGAGUUGGUCACACCCACUGAUGAGGCUUCAGAGGGAGCAGACAAGACAGAAGGUGAAGACACACUUCUGGAGGUGGACAGAGACGGGCUGCAAGAAGGAGAGAGCACGGAGAAAAGCGAAGAAGCAGAGCUGCGCUCUGAAACACCAGACUCACCUGAGCUGGAUUAAAGGACACGCACAGUCACGUUUAUGCACUGAUCUCAUUCACUGGUGAGCAACAGUCCAGAGGAACUGCUCGUCUGCUUCUCAUGUUGGUACUGAAGGUAGAGUGUCAUGUAAAUAAUCUAAAGAGGCUUUUGGAAGCAUCCCAUCAUUUGUGUUUGCACAUGAAGAAAGACUCUUUCUGCUCCCAGAGAGAGCAGAGGACAACAGACACUGGUCGGCCUCCAGGACGGCUCAAAGCACAUUCAGUUUUCUGUGCACUCAAGUGUGUCAGGUCGUAUUUCUACGUGUGUCAAGACACAACCAGCAAUGUUUUCUACUCAUUCUGAUUGAUUGUGCAUCAUCUCAAUCACACUCACACACCACAUGCUAGUUCUGUGAGCUGCGUUUACCCCCUCACUUUUCUGUCUUUGUGUUCAUAUAACAGCUCACCACUCGAUCAGCUGCACUUGUUUUUUCAUCAUAGCAUGUCAAAUCCACUAGCAGGCACUGACACCCUGAUCUGCUGCUAGAUACAUGUGUGUGCUGUUCAGUCUUCAGUUGUUCAUUAAUUUCCCGUUUAUCUACUUCUGUUAUCUGCAGCAUCAGUAAGGAGGGAGCGGGUCUCAAACUGAAAGCAUUAAUCUGACCUUCUCUCAGUCAGAGCCUCCCAUCUUUUCUGUGGCAACCGAACAUUUUUCUUUUUUGUCUGUUUAAAUAACCAUAACAACAUGUUGGAUCUGGUUGACUUUUUUUCCUCACCGUCUUUAUUUCCAGAUUCAUAGUUCAAAGAGUGAAGGGAUUCAAGGAUUUAAAGCUGGUCUGCUCAUUUAUGAAUCAUCAGCAUUAGUAACAGCAUAAUGGAUUUGAGGGAUCACUAUGAAGCAAGACCUGCCUCAUAAGUAAAUGGUUGUCAUCGAUGAUUAAUAGAAACAGCAGUUAUCAGCUCAUCCAUUUAUUUACACUGUAGCUGCGUAGGUUGAGUAAAAAGCCAGUUGUUCCCCGGUCUGUUAACAGGAAUUUAGGUUAAAGAAUGUAAGAAUAAAAGUCAGCUUCAUACGAUCUUCAAGUCAAUAUGUUUGAGUGUCAUCUUCAAACGUGCAAAACUAUCUGAAAUGACAACUUAAGGUGUUAAUUGUUGCCCCAGAGACUUCUUGUAACUGCAUAGGCCACUCUUAGAAAUACAAAUUAAAGCUCCUAACGCUCCUAACAACAAUUGUUUGGGUUGAACUGGUUGAAGUGGGUCCACCGCUCUGGUUCAGACUUGGAAUUACUAAAACAGUUCCAAGAAAGACAAAGAAAGUAGGCGGUGACCUGAGGACUGUUUCAGUAGACAAACCCCUCCUUGUUCGGUCUUUCAUUCACACGGAGGAAGCUUCACUACUGCAAUCAUUUAAAGAGCCAAACCUUGAGGGGAGAGGUGAUUGUAACAAAGAACCUCUCUCCAAACGGCAGUGUUUGAUGAAUGCAAAUGGGAUUGGUGAGUUUUAGCGUGAACUGAUUUGUACGUUUAGUAACAGAGCACACAUGCAUCCUUUAAAUCCUGCAGUUCAUUCCCUUCCUUUAAAUCCUGCAGUUCAUUCCCUUCCUUUAACCCUUCUGUCACCCCAUCUCCUUUUUUGUGCCAUAAUCACACAGAUUAGGUCUUAAUACUCAAUCACUCUCUUUUCCAUUCUGCUUUAACAACCAGUAAGUUUAUAAAUGACAAAUUCAGAGCAAUACACUCUUUUAUGAGUCUGUCUGUUCAUAUUUCCAUCUCGCUGCUGUAGAUAGCAACAGAGUUAAGGUGAUGAUCACUGAUGUCCUGAAGGUGUUUGGCACAGCUGGGGGAGUCCGUCAUGUGGUUUUAGGAGCAUGAAGUCAUGUAGCCUGCAGCCACUAGACACUUCUACUGUAACACGCCAAGACAAGUUUCCAUUACUUUCUGAUUGUAGAGAGAGAGUGUGUGUGCGCGUGUGUGUGUGGUAUGUUUGUAUGCUCUGUAAAUGCUUGGGCUUUUGAAAUUGUAAUUAUUGUUAAUGAACAGAGAGAGGAUUAAAUAAAGAACUGCAAUAAAUUAUUCUACC